UGGGCCCGGGGCCGCGGCGACAGCAGCAGCCGCGGCGGGGACGCGGGGCGCGGGCCGGCAGCGCUGGGCCGUCGGGGGCGACCGGGGCCGGGCCGGGGGCCGGGCGCGCAGCUCCGCGGACGCAGGUGGGCGAUCUCGCGGGGGCGAACGGGGCGCCCCUGGGUUCGGGGGGCCAGCAGGGCCAGCGGCGCGCGCGGCCCGCGGGCGCAGGUGGCGAGAGCCGGGCGUGCAAGCGGAGGCGCGGCGCCAGUCCGCGGUGGUGGGGGUGACCCGGGCGCAGGCCCGGCUCGGAGAGCGGUGGGAGCCCAGGCGGGUGGGAGGGCGCAGUGCCGGGCCCCGCCAGGCAUCAAGGCGCAGGCCCCGCGGGGCAAAGGAGUGGCCCCCGGGCACCAGCGCCCCGUCCCGGGCAUGAGGCGCGGCGGGGUGGGCAGGAGCCGGAGGAGGAGCCGCCGCCGCCUUUGACCCGGCCGGCCGGGAGCAGGGAGAGAUGCGGAGCCUGGCGGCCCGCGCCCCUCUUCCAACGCCGCUGCCGCCGCUGCUGCUCCUGCUGCUGCUGCUGCUGCCGCUGCCACCACUACUGGGAGACCAGCUGGGACCUUGUCGUUCCCUGGGGCCCGGGGGACGCGGCUUCUCAGGGGCCUGUGCCCCCGUGGGCUGGCUCUGUCCAGCCUCAGCCUCGAACCUCUGGCUCUACACCAGUCGCUGCCGGGAUUCGGGGACCGAGCUGACUGGCCAUCUGGUGCCCCACCACGAUGGUCUGAAGGUCUGGUGUCCAGAAUCCGGGGCCCAUAUCCCCCUGCCGCCAGCCCCAGAAGGCUGCCCCUGGAGCUGUCGCCUCCUGGGCAUUGGAGGCCACCUUUCGCCACAGGGCAAGCUCACCCUUCCCCAGGAGCACCCAUGCUUAAAGGCCCCACGGCUGAGAUGCCAGUCCUGCAAAUUGGCGCAGACCCCAGGGCUCAGGGCAGGGGAAGGGUCAGCAGGAGAGUCCAUGGGUGGGCGUCGGAAAAGGAAUGUGAAUACAGCUCCCCAGUUCCAGCCCCCCAGCUACCAGGCCACAGUGCCCGAGAACCAGCCGGCAGGUACCCCUGUGGCAUCCCUGCGGGCCAUCGACCCAGACGAGGGCGAGGCAGGUCGGCUUGAGUACACCAUGGAUGCCCUUUUCGAUAGCCGCUCCAACCAUUUCUUCUCCCUGGACCCAAUCACUGGUGCUGUGACCACAGCUGAGGAGCUGGAUCGUGAGACCAAGAGCACCCAUGUGUUCAGGGUCACGGCACAGGAUCAUGGCAUGCCCCGACGCAGUGCCCUGGCCACACUCACCAUCUUGGUGACUGACACUAAUGAUCACGACCCUGUUUUUGAGCAGCAGGAGUACAAGGAGAGCCUCAGGGAGAACCUGGAGGUUGGCUAUGAGGUACUCACCGUCAGAGCCACAGAUGGUGACGCCCCUCCCAAUGCCAAUAUUCUGUAUCGCCUGCUGGAGGGGCCUGGGGGCAGCCCCUCUGAAGUCUUUGAGAUUGACCCUCGCUCUGGGGUGAUUCGAACCCGUGGCCCAGUGGAUCGGGAAGAGGUGGAAUCUUACCAGUUGACAGUGGAGGCAAGUGACCAGGGUCGGGACCCCGGGCCACGGAGCGCCACAGCCGCUGUUUUCCUGUCUGUGGAGGAUGACAAUGACAAUGCCCCCCAGUUUAGUGAGAAGCGCUACGUGGUCCAGGUGCGGGAGGAUGUGACACCCGGGGCCCCUGUACUCCGGGUCACAGCCUCAGAUCGAGACAAGGGCAGCAACGCCCUGGUGCAUUACAGCAUCAUGAGUGGCAAUGCUCGGGGACAGUUUUACUUGGAUGCCCAGACUGGGGCUCUGGAUGUAGUAAGCCCUCUUGACUAUGAGACAACCAAGGAGUAUACCCUACGGAUUCGAGCACAGGAUGGUGGCCGACCCCCACUCUCUAACGUCUCUGGCCUGGUGACAGUUCAGGUCCUGGAUAUCAACGACAAUGCUCCCAUCUUUGUCAGCACCCCCUUCCAGGCUACUGUUCUGGAGAGUGUCCCCUUAGGCUACCUGGUUCUCCAUGUCCAGGCCAUUGAUGCUGAUGCUGGGGACAAUGCCCGCCUCGAAUACCGCCUUGCUGGGGUCGGGCAUGACUUCCCCUUUACCAUCAACAAUGGCACAGGCUGGAUCUCUGUGGCUGCUGAGCUGGACCGAGAGGAGGUUGAUUUCUACAGCUUUGGGGUAGAAGCCCGAGACCAUGGCACCCCAGCACUCACUGCCUCGGCCAGUGUCAGUGUGACCAUCCUGGAUGUGAAUGACAACAACCCAGCCUUUACUCAACCAGAGUACACAGUGCGACUCAAUGAGGAUGCAGCUGUGGGCACUAGCGUGGUGACAGUGUCAGCUGUGGACCGUGAUGCCCACAGUGUCAUCACCUACCAGAUCACCAGCGGCAACACCCGCAACCGCUUCUCCAUCACCAGCCAGAGUGGUGGUGGGCUAGUGUCCCUCGCUCUGCCACUGGACUACAAACUGGAGCGACAGUAUGUGCUGGCUGUCACCGCCUCUGACGGCACGCGGCAGGACACGGCACAGGUGGUAGUGAAUGUCACCGAUGCCAAUACCCAUCGUCCCGUCUUUCAAAGCUCCCACUAUACAGUGAAUGUUAAUGAGGACCGGCCAGCAGGCACUACAGUGGUGCUGAUCAGUGCCACGGAUGAGGACACAGGUGAGAAUGCCCGCAUCACCUACUUUAUGGAGGACAGCAUCCCCCAGUUCCGCAUCGAUGCAGACACAGGGGCUGUCACCACCCAGGCUGAGCUGGACUACGAGGACCAGGUAUCUUACACCCUGGCCAUCACUGCUCGGGAUAAUGGCAUUCCCCAGAAGUCUGACACCACCUACCUGGAGAUCCUGGUAAAUGAUGUGAAUGACAAUGCCCCUCAGUUUCUGCGGGACUCCUACCAGGGCAGCAUCUACGAGGAUGUGCCUCCCUUCACCAGCGUCCUGCAGAUCUCAGCCACUGACCGUGACUCUGGCCUUAAUGGCAGAGUCUUCUACACCUUCCAAGGGGGCGAUGAUGGAGAUGGUGACUUUAUCGUGGAAUCCACGUCAGGCAUUGUGCGAACACUGCGGAGGCUGGAUCGCGAGAAUGUGGCCCAGUACAUCUUACGGGCAUACGCAGUGGACAAGGGGAUGCCUCCAGCCCGCACGCCCAUGGAAGUGACGGUCACUGUGUUGGAUGUGAAUGACAAUCCACCUGUCUUUGAGCAGGAUGAGUUUGAUGUAUUUGUGGAAGAGAACAGCCCCAUUGGGCUGGCUGUGGCCCGAGUUACAGCCACUGACCCUGACGAAGGCACCAAUGCCCAGAUCAUGUACCAGAUCGUGGAGGGCAACAUCCCUGAGGUCUUCCAGCUGGACAUCUUCUCUGGGGAGCUGACUGCCCUGGUGGACUUGGACUAUGAGGACCGACCUGAAUACAUCUUGGUCAUCCAGGCCACGUCGGCUCCCCUGGUGAGCCGGGCUACAGUCCAUGUCCGCCUGCUUGACCGCAAUGACAACCCACCAGUGCUGGGCAACUUUGAGAUCCUUUUCAACAACUAUGUCACCAACCGCUCAAGCAGCUUCCCAGGGGGUGCCAUUGGCCGCGUGCCUGCCCAUGACCCUGACAUCUCAGACAGCCUGACUUACAGCUUUGAGCGAGGAAAUGAACUCAGCCUGGUCCUGCUCAAUGCCUCCACAGGCGAGCUGAGGCUGAGCCGGGCACUGGACAACAACCGGCCUCUGGAGGCCAUCAUGAGCGUGCUGGUGUCAGACGGCGUGCACAGUGUGACAGCCCAGUGCGCACUGCGCGUCACCAUCAUCACGGACGAGAUGCUCACGCACAGCAUCACGCUGCGACUGGAGGACAUGUCGCCCGAGCGCUUCCUGUCGCCGCUGCUGGGCCUCUUCAUCCAGGCGGUGGCAGCCACGCUGGCCACACCCCCAGACCACGUGGUGGUCUUCAACGUGCAGCGGGACACCGAUGCCCCUGGCGGCCACAUCCUCAAUGUGAGCCUGUCGGUGGGCCAGCCUCCGGGGCCCGGUGGCGGGCCCCCCUUCCUGCCCUCCGAGGACCUGCAGGAGCGCCUGUACCUCAACCGCAGCCUGCUGACGGCCAUCUCGGCGCAGCGCGUGCUGCCCUUCGACGACAACAUCUGCCUGCGCGAGCCCUGCGAGAACUACAUGCGCUGCGUGUCGGUGCUGCGCUUCGACUCCUCCGCGCCCUUCAUCGCCUCCUCCUCCGUGCUUUUCCGGCCCAUCCACCCAGUCGGGGGGCUCCGCUGCCGCUGCCCCCGCGGCUUCACGGGCGACUACUGCGAGACCGAGGUGGACCUCUGCUACUCGCGGCCCUGCGGCCCCCACGGACGCUGCCGCAGCCGCGAGGGCGGCUACACCUGCCUCUGCCGCGACGGCUACACGGGUGAGCACUGUGAGGUGAGUGCCCGCUCAGGCCGUUGCACCCCGGGUGUCUGCAAGAAUGGGGGCACCUGUGUCAACCUGCUGGUGGGUGGCUUCAAGUGCGACUGCCCAUCUGGAGACUUCGAGAAGCCCUACUGCCAGGUGACCACACGCAGCUUCCCUGCCCGCUCCUUCAUCACCUUUCGUGGCCUGCGCCAGCGCUUCCACUUCACCCUGGCCCUCUCGUUUGCCACCAAGGAGCGCGACGGGCUGCUGUUGUACAACGGGCGCUUCAACGAGAAGCAUGACUUUGUGGCUCUCGAGGUGAUCCAGGAGCAGGUCCAGCUCACCUUCUCUGCAGGAGAGUCGACCACCACCGUGUCCCCAUUCGUGCCCGGAGGGGUCAGUGACGGCCAGUGGCACACAGUGCAGCUGAAGUACUACAAUAAGCCACUGUUGGGCCAGACGGGGCUCCCACAGGGCCCAUCCGAGCAAAAGGUGGCUGUGGUGACCGUGGAUGGCUGUGACACAGGGGUGGCCCUGCGCUUCGGAGCUGUGCUGGGCAACUACUCCUGUGCAGCCCAGGGCACCCAGGGUGGCAGCAAGAAGUCUCUGGAUCUGACAGGGCCCCUGCUGCUGGGCGGGGUGCCUGACCUGCCCGAGAGCUUCCCUGUCCGGACGCGGCACUUUGUGGGCUGCAUGAGGAACCUGCAGGUGGACAGCCGGCACAUGGACAUGGCUGACUUCAUUGCCAACAAUGGCACUGUGCCUGGCUGCCCUGCCAAGAAGAACGUGUGUGACAGCAACACUUGCCACAACGGGGGCACCUGUGUGAACCAGUGGGACUCAUUCAGCUGCGAGUGCCCUCUGGGUUUCGGGGGCAAGAGCUGUGCCCAGGAAAUGGCCAACCCACAGCGCUUCCUGGGCAGCAGUCUGGUGGCCUGGCAUGGCCUCUCCCUGCCCAUCUCCCAGCCCUGGCACCUCAGCCUCAUGUUCCGCACACGCCAGGCCGAUGGCGUCCUGCUGCAGGCCGUCACCAGGGGGCGCAGCACCAUCACCCUGCAGCUGCGGGAGGGCCACGUGGUGCUGAGUGUGGAGGGCACAGGGCUCCAGGCCUCGUCUCUCCAGCUGGAGCCAGGCCGCGCCAAUGAUGGCGACUGGCACCAUGCGCAGCUGGCCCUGGGAGCUAGCGGGGGCCCUGGCCAUGCCAUCCUGUCCUUCGACUAUGGGCAGCAGCGGGCAGAGGGCAACCUGGGCCCCCGGCUGCAUGGGCUGCACCUGAGCAACAUUACAGUGGGAGGAGUGCCUGGGCCAGCCAGUGGUGUGGCCCGUGGCUUCCGGGGCUGUUUGCAGGGUGUGCGGGUAAGCGAGACACCCGAGGGUGUUAGCAGUCUGGAUCCCAGCCGCGGGGAAAGCAUCAACGUGGAGCCAGGCUGUAGCCUGCCGGACCCCUGUGACUCGAACCCGUGUCCUGCCAACAGCUAUUGCAGCGAUGACUGGGACAGCUAUUCCUGCAGCUGUGAUCCAGGUUACUAUGGUGACAACUGUACUAAUGUGUGUGACCUGAAUCCGUGUGAGCACCAGUCCACAUGUACACGAAAGCCAAGUGCCCCCCACGGCUACACCUGCGAGUGUCCCCAAAAUUACCUUGGGCCAUACUGUGAGACCAGGGUUGACCAGCCUUGUCCCCGAGGCUGGUGGGGACACCCCACGUGUGGCCCGUGCAACUGUGACGUCAGCAAAGGCUUUGACCCAGACUGCAACAAGACAAGCGGCGAGUGCCACUGCAAGGAGAACCACUAUCGGCCACCUGGCAGCCCCACCUGCCUCCUGUGCGAUUGCUACCCCACAGGCUCUUUGUCCCGUGUCUGUGACCCUGAAGACGGCCAGUGUCCGUGCAAGCCGGGCGUCAUUGGGCGCCAGUGUGACCGCUGUGACAACCCCUUUGCUGAGGUCACCACCAAUGGCUGUGAAGUGAAUUACGACAGCUGCCCACGCGCCAUCGAGGCUGGGAUCUGGUGGCCCCGUACCCGCUUCGGGCUGCCUGCUGCUGCCCCCUGCCCCAAAGGCUCCUUUGGGACCGCUGUGCGCCACUGUGACGAGCACAGGGGCUGGCUCCCCCCAAACCUCUUCAACUGCACAUCAGUCACCUUCUCAGAGCUGAAGGGCUUUGCUGAGCGCCUGCAGCGGAAUGAGUCAGGCCUGGACUCGGGGCGCUCCCAGUGGCUGGCCCUGCUUCUGCGCAAUGCGACACAGCACACAGCUGGCUACUUUGGCAGUGAUGUCAAGGUGGCCUACCAGCUGGCCACACGGCUGUUGGCCCACGAGAGCGCCCAGCGGGGCUUCGGGCUGUCUGCCACGCAGGAUGUACACUUCACUGAGAAUCUCCUGCGAGUGGGCAGUGCCCUCCUGGAUGCAGCCAACAAGCGGCACUGGGAGCUGAUCCAGCAGACAGAGGGUGGCACCGCCUGGCUGCUCCAGCACUAUGAGGCCUACGCCAGUGCCCUGGCCCAGAACAUGCGGCACACCUACCUAAGCCCCUUCACUAUUGUCACACCCAACAUUGUCAUCUCUGUAGUGCGCUUGGACAAGGGUAAUUUCGCUGGGGCCAAGCUGCCCCGCUACGAGGCGCUGCGGGGGGAGCGGCCCCCGGAUCUUGAGACAACAGUCAUUCUGCCCGAGUCUGUCUUCAGAGAGACGACCCCUGUGGUCAGGCCCGCGGGCCCCGGAGAGGCCCAGGAGCCAGAGGAGCUGGCACGGCGUCAGCGGCGGCACCCGGAGCUGAGCCAGGGUGAGGCUGUGGCCAGCGUCAUCAUCUACCGCACCCUGGCUGGGCUGCUGCCCCAUAACUAUGACCCAGACAAGCGCAGCCUGAGAGUUCCCAAACGCCCUGUCAUCAACACGCCUGUGGUGAGCAUCAGCGUCCAUGAUGAUGAGGAGCUUCUCCCUCGCGCCCUGGACAAGCCAGUCACGGUGCAGUUCCGGCUGCUGGAGACGGAGGAGAGGACCAAGCCCAUCUGUGUCUUCUGGAACCAUUCGAUUCUGGUCAGUGGCACGGGUGGCUGGUCGGCCCGAGGCUGUGAAGUCGUCUUCCGCAACGAGAGCCACGUCAGCUGCCAGUGCAACCACAUGACGAGCUUCGCUGUGCUCAUGGAUGUGUCCCGGCGGGAGAAUGGGGAGAUCCUGCCACUGAAGACACUGACAUACGUAGCCCUAGGGGUCACCUUGGCUGCCCUGCUGCUCACCUUCCUCUUCCUCACUCUCCUGCGUGCCCUGCGCUCCAACCAGCACGGCAUCCGACGGAACCUGACUGCGGCCCUGGGCCUGGCCCAGCUGGUCUUCCUCCUGGGAAUCAACCAGGCUGACCUGCCUUUUGCUUGCACAGUCAUCGCCAUCCUGCUGCACUUCCUGUACCUCUGCGCCUUUUCCUGGGCUCUGCUGGAGGCCUUGCACCUGUACCGGGCGCUCACUGAGGUGCGCGACGUCAAUGCUGGCCCCAUGCGCUUCUACUACAUGCUGGGCUGGGGCGUGCCCGCCUUCAUCACAGGUCUAGCUGUGGGCCUGGACCCCGAGGGCUAUGGGAACCCUGACUUCUGCUGGCUCUCCAUCUACGACACGCUCAUCUGGAGUUUCGCUGGCCCUGUGGCCUUCGCUGUCUCAAUGAGUGUCUUCCUGUACAUCCUGGCGGCCCGGGCCUCCUGUGCUGCCCAGCGGCAGGGUUUUGAGAAGAAAGGCCCUGUCUCGGGCCUGCGGCCCUCCUUCGCUGUCCUCCUGCUGCUGAGCGCUGCGUGGCUGCUGGCACUGCUCUCCGUCAACAGUGACACCCUCCUCUUCCACUACCUCUUUGCUGCCUGCAAUUGCAUCCAGGGCCCCUUCAUCUUCCUCUCCUACGUGGUGCUUAGCAAGGAGGUCCGGAAAGCACUCAAGUUUGCCUGCAGCCGCAAGCCCAGCCCUGACCCUGCUCUGACCACCAAGUCCACCCUGACCUCGUCCUACAACUGCCCCAGCCCCUACGCAGACGGGCGGCUGUACCAGCCCUACGGAGACUCGGCAGGUUCUCUGCACAGUGCCAGCCGCUCGGGCAAGAGUCAACCCAGCUACAUCCCCUUCUUGCUGAGGGAGGAGUCCACACUGAACCCUGGCCAAGGGCCCCCUGGCCUUGGCGACCCAGGCGGCCUAUUCCUGGACGGUCAAGAUCAGCAGCAUGAUCCUGACACAGACUCCGACAGUGACCUGUCCCUGGAAGAUGACCAGAGUGGCUCCUAUGCCUCUACCCACUCAUCAGACAGUGAGGAGGAGGAAGAGGAGGAGGAGGAGGCCGCCUUCCCUGGAGAGCCGGGCUGGGACAGCUUGCUGGGCCCUGGGGCCGAGAGACUGCCCCUGCACAGUACCCCCAAGGAUGGGGGCGUGGGGCCCGGGAAAGCCCCCUGGCCAGGAGACUUUGGGACCACAGCAAAGGAGAGUGGUGGCAAGGGGGCCUCCGAGGAGCGGCCGAGGGAGAAUGGAGAUGCUCUGCCUCGGGAGGGGUCCCUGGGCCCCCUUCCAGGCCCUUCUGCCCAACCUCACAAAGGCAUUCUCAAGAAGAAGUGUCUGCCCACCAUCAGUGAGAAGAGCAGCCUCCUACGGCUACCCAUGGAGCAGGGCACAGGGUCUUCUCGGGGCUCCUCAGCCAGUGAGGGCAGCCGGGGUGGGCCCCCUCCCCGCCCACCGCCCCGGCAGAGUCUCCAGGAGCAACUGAACGGGGUCAUGCCCAUCGCCAUGAGCAUCAAGGCAGGCACAGUGGAUGAGGACUCAUCGGGCUCCGAAUUUCUCUUCUUUAACUUCCUGCAUUAACCCUGGGCCGGUGGUUCCUACACCCUGAGGCUCCCUUACCUUCCCCAGCUGCACUCAUGCCCCUACUCCUGUCUUGUGCUUUAUCCCGCCCCUGCUCCCCACCGCCUGCCUGCAGCAGCGACGAAACAUCCAUCUGAGGAGCCUGGGCCUUGCCGGGAGGGGCAGCCACCCCACCCAAGGCCAUCUAGUGCCAACUCCCUCCCCUACCAUCCCCCUCACUGCACUUUGGACCCCUGGGGCCAACAUCUCCAAGACAAAGUUUUUCAGAAAAGAGGAAAAAAGAAUUUAAAAAAGGAUCGCCACUCUUCAUGACUUCAGGGAUUAAUUUUUUUUAUAUGCUGGAAACUGACUCCCUUUCCCUUCCCAAAGAGGAUAGGACCUCCCAGGAUGCUUCCCAGCCUCUCCUCAGUUUCCCAUCUGCUGUGCCUCUGGGAGGAGAGGGACUUUUGGGGGGCCUGCCCCUCAUUUGCCAUCACCAAAAGGAAAGGACAAAGCCACACGCACCCAGGGCGUCACAGCCCUGCAGGCUGCACCCGGGCAGGCCUCAGUAUGGCGAGGGCGUCAGGGCAGAGGGCACUCCUCACCCUGCCUCUGCCGCCCCUCCCAGGAACUGAAAAAGCCCUGUCCGGUGAGGGGGCAGAAGGACUCAGCGCCCCCGGACCCCCAAAUGCUGCAUGAACACAUUUUGAGGGGAACCCGUGCCCCUGGGCGGCGGCCGGGCCACCCCAGCCCCUCUCCUUCCCCUGGACUCCGGCCCCGUGCUGCAGCCCGGGCAUUUGCUCAGUUUGCUGACCCAAAAGUGCUUCAUUUUCCUGCCGGACCCGCACCGGGGAAGGCCAGUCAUGUGUUAAGUUGCGCUUCUUUGCUGUUGUGUGGGUGGGACGGGAGGAAGAGUAAAUACAGUGCUGGCUCAUUGCCCCAAGCGGUUCAAGCACAGGUCUCAAGUCUGAGUUCUGGUGUCCACUCACCCAACCCCCAGGGUCAGGCAAACCCCACUUUGUCUGACCUGCUGUGGCCUCUGAGACGUGUUCUAUUUUUAACCCCUUCUUGGAAUUGGCUCUCUUCUUCAAAGGACCAGGUCCUGUUCCUCUUUCUCCCCGUCCCCCACUCCCAGAUCCCUGCGAAGAGAGAGUUAAUAUAUAUUUUUUAUUUAUUUGCUUUUUGUGUUGGGAUGGGUUUGUGUCCGGUCCCAGGGGGUCUGAUGUGGCCGUCACAGGUUGGGUAUGUACCCCGCAGUCCUGGUGUGGGGGCCUGAGGCCCUUUCCCUCGCUCCAGGCUGUCAUCUCCCAGCCUCUCCUCCCCUCUUCUCAGUUUUACCAACUGCUAUUCGAGUCACCAUCGCUAAGCUUGUAUUCCAGUCUUGUCACUGACUAUCCUCUGGAGCAUGUGGCUAGAAAAAGAGGCCAUGGACAGAAAAAUUGUUCCCGUUUCUCAUUUGUAAGGCUGGUCUCUGGCUUUUCUGCCAUGGAUUCUCCCCCUGACCUCUUUCCUCAGCAAUUCCUGCAAAGGGUUAAAAAUUUAACUGGUUUUUACUACUGAUGACUUGACUUAAAAAAAUGCAAAGAUGCUGGAUGCUAACUUGAUACUAACCAUCAGAUUGUACAGUUUGAGUGUUACUGUAAAUAUGGUAGGGCUUUGUGGGUUUUUUUUCAUUUCCCCAUACUACUGAAUAAACUAGUUCUGUGCGGGUCGAGCACUGUCAUCA